AGGGAAACUCCACUUCGGUAAGCGCGACCCGUCCGUUCCACGAGCUCCCCAAUAUUCAGCGGGGAGUCGUAAUUCACAACGUGUGAAAUGCCCUCGAUGUCUAGCCCUCGUGAGGCCACACCCGUCCAGGGCGUGCUUAUGGUCAGCCUAUUCCCGAUCGCCGUGCAAGCUAAUACAAACUCACUCGACAGAUCAUCGGCCCUCACCCGGAAAAGAUGAUGGAGUUGUCAUUGGAUCCUAUGUUGGUCACGAAGUUCGUCACCCGCAUGUACUCAUCUCGAUCUGUUGGGUGACAGUGUGCAUUGCGACCAGAUCCAGCGUUCCGACGUAUACCUGGACCAUAAUAUAUUCAUGUAGCUCUGUGUCAACCGGUGGACACCCGGUGGCCACGUCGCAUUCGUCAUGAUGGUCUACCUAUUGGGCUGGAUGUCCAGAAAGAGUUGUCGAAUUUACGAUUCUAAGCCCAUGUUCAACCUACGAUCCGCCUCGUCCAAUACCAGAUAGGUGAUGGUGUAUUAUCGAUGACUUUGGCAGCCCCGCCACACUUGCCCUCAGAACACCCACCCCCAUCCCCCCUCGUAGACUUUUUUCCAUGCAAAAAUUAGAAAAUUUGUAUGGAACGUAGACUUUGGUUGAAAAUGGUCGAUUUCUGCGUGACGUACAGUAUCGGACAAUAAAAACGCACCAAAGCCGUUUUCCCAUACAAACUAGUCAACUUUAGAUUACCAUAUCUCAGUUACUUCUGAACCGAUUGUUUUAAUUUUUCUGUGACGAACUACAAAACAUUUCAAUUUUCAAAAACUAUUGAAAAUGUUCAGUGAUAACUGUUGUUACAAAAGUUACAGAUAGGUUGAAUUUUGACAAUAAAAAUGCACCAAGACAAAAAAUUGUAUAGCAAAAAAUGUUGAAGUCAAAUCUUGUUGGUCUGUUCAGCAAACUUAUUCCUCAUCACACAAGAAACAUAUUUGCCGAAGACACCAUAAUGAUAUGACGUAACCAUUUUUUGCUAUAUCAUUUUUUGUCUUGGUGCAUUCUUAUUGUCAAAAUUCAACCUAUCUGUAACUUUUGUAACAAUAGUUAUCACUGAACUUUUUCAAUAGUUUUUGAAAAUUGAAAUGUUUUGUAGUUCGUCACAGAAAAAUGAAAAAAAUCGGUUGAGAAGUUACUGAGAUAUGGUAAUCUAAAGUUGACUAGUUUGUAUGGGAAAACGGCUCUGGUGCAUUUUUAUUGUCCGAUACUGUAAUUUAUGGACGUUCCCCAUUGUAGUAUAUGAGAUUGGCAAUUGUAAAAAUGUACAAAUAAAAUGUAAAGCAUUAAAAACAACUGUUGUGGAAUUCACAGAAUGAAAACCUAUCACAAACUGUCUGAAAGAAAGCAAUCGGGAUAAUGUCUGUUGUUUGUGCUCCGCCCAUCGGUAAAUGAAGUAAAAAAAAACUUCACCGUCUGCUUUUGCUUCCCACCCCGCCGAACCGAGACUCACUUCGAGCGCCCACCCACUUUGUACUAGUCUGGACAUUGGAUUGAAUAAAACGAACUGCGCGAAUCGCAUUUAAUUCAUUCUUCCAUCGGACACGGAGCGUGCAACACACUAAGAGUUGGAUCAAGCUGACGGUAGCAGCGAGGCUUUGAAAAAUUCUCUCGCUGUUACUUCCCACCCCGCCGGGCCGAGGCUCAAUCCGAGCGCCCACUGAGCGUGCGCCUGUCCGGGCAUUGGACUGAAUAAAACGAACUGCGCGAAGCGCAUUUCAUUCAUUCUUCCAUCGGACACGGAGCGUGCAACACACUAAGAGUUGGAUCAAGCUGACGGUAGCAGCGAGGCUUUGAAAAAUUCUCUCGCUGUUACUUCCCACCCCGCCGGGCCGAGGCUCAAUCCGAGCGCCCACUGAGCGUGCGCCUGUCCGGGCAUUGGACUGAACAAAACGAACUGCGCGAAGCGCAUUUCAUUCAUUCUUCCAUCGGACACGGAGCGUGCAACACACUAAGAGUUGGAUCAAGCUGACGGUAGCAGCGAGGCUUUGAAAAAUUCUCUCGCUGUUACUUCCCACCCCGCCGGGCCGAGGCUCAAUCCGAGCGCCCACUGAGCGUGCGCCUGUCCGGGCAUUGGACUGAAUAAAACGAACUGCGCGAAGCGCAUUUCAUUCAUUCUUCCAUCGGACACGGAGCGUGCAACACACUAAGAGUUGGAUCAAGCUGACGGUAGCAGCGAGGCUUUGAAAAAUUCUCUCGCUGUUACUUCCCACCCCGCCGGGCCGAGGCUCAAUCCGAGCGCCCACUGAGCGUGCGCCUGUCCGGGCAUUGGACUGAACAAAACGAACUGCGCGAAGCGCAUUUCAUUCAUUCUUCCAUCGGACACGGAGCGUGCAACACACUAAGAGUUGGAUCAAGCUGACGGUAGCAGCGAGGCUUUGAAAAAUUCUCUCGCUGUUACUUCCCACCCCGCCUGGCCGAGGCUCAAUCCGAGCGCCCACUGAGCGUGCGCCUGUCCGGGCAUUGGACUGAAUAAAACGAACUGCGCGAAGCGCUUUUCAUUCAUUCUUCCAUCGGACACGGAGCGUGCAACACACUAAGAGUUGGAUCAAGCUGACGGUAGCAGCGAGGUUUUGCAAAAUUCUCUCGCUGUUACUUCCCACCCCGCCGGGCCGAGGCUCACACCCAGAGCGCCAUUUCCUCGAUUCGUGAGUUUUCUUGCGACAGUCAUCCGACCCAGUAGAUAGCUGGGCAAACGAUCAGAAUGGACUCGUCAGAUGUCGGUCGCGACAGUGGCGCAACAUUCAACGGACCGCUGGCUCCCACAAAGUAAGUUUGCAUAGACUCCGGUGGAAAUAGACGGAGGUCUAGUUUAAAAAAAAAAAAAAAGAAUCGAACUCGGUGGACAUAGACGAGUUUCGAAUAUGCCUCCGGUGGAAAAAGACGGAGUGUAUUAGAAAAUUGCUUUGGAAAUUGAGCUAAUCCAAAUAUUUUGUGAUUCGUUACAGAACGCCCUCGAAAAAGUCCCUUCUAAAGGAACUGAGCGAGGUUCUCAAAAAGAACAACGCACUCCGCGAGCAAGUGGCAAAUUUGUCAGGCUUUGGCAGUGACUGGAUUCCGGCGUCGUCUAGCACGGGCCACACUGAUGGACCACUUCUUUCGGCGAUGAGCAGUUGGUCACUUGGUGCACUGAACAUACCGGAAUGCGUACCAUCGGAAGGGCAAACUGAAAUUGACAAACAAGCAUUCGAAUACUGGAAGGACAUGCUUGUUUCGUCGCUUCAGCUGGCCAACGCUACAGAUGAAAGGAUGAAAUACGGAGUGUUCAAGAUCAAGUUUGGCCCCAAGCUCCGGGAAAUCUUGAGCACGACAUCUUCUACACCAGAGAUGCCGGAUGAGCAAACUUCCCCAUUCUCGAACGCAUUGGCUCGACUUGACGGAUACUAUGGAUCCAGGGCAUACACACUAACGCAACGAGGAAAGCUUAUGAUGAUGCUGCAAGGAGCUACGGAAAACAGCAUUGCAUUUGUGCGGCGCGUGACCUGUGCUGCGAAGCUGUGUGGUUAUGGACCGGAUGAAGAGAUGGAGGCGGUAGUGAGAGUUAUCACACAAAGGGCUAACGAUGCUAGAGUUCGGAUACUGGCCAAUCGGAAUUGGCUGAAGCAAGGUACCAUCUGUAACUUUUGUAACAAUAGUUAUCACUGAACUUUUUCAAUAGUUUUUGAAAAUUGAAAUGUUUUGUAGUUCGUCACAGAAAAAUGAAAAAAAUCGGUUGAGAAGUUACUGAGAUAUGGUAAUCUAAAGUUGACUAGUUUGUAUGGGAAAACGGCUCUGGUGCAUUUUUAUUGUCCGAUACUGUAAUUUAUGGACGUUCCCCAUUGUAGUAUAUGAGAUUGGCAAUUGUAAAAAUGUACAAAUAAAAUGUAAAGCAUUAAAAACAACUGUUGUGGAAUUCACAGAAUGAAAACCUAUCACAAACUGUCUGAAAGAAAGCAAUCGGGAUAAUGUCUGUUGUUUGUGCUCCGCCCAUCGGUAAAUGAAGUAAAAAAAAACUUCACCGUCUGCUUUUGCUUCCCACCCCGCCGAACCGAGACUCACUUCGAGCGCCCACCCACUUUGUACUAGUCUGGACAUUGGAUUGAAUAAAACGAACUGCGCGAAGCGCAUUUAAUUCAUUCUUCCAUCGGACACGGAGCGUGCAACACACUAAGAGUUGGAUCAAGCUGACGGUAGCAGCGAGGCUUUGAAAAAUUCUCUCGCUGUUACUUCCCACCCCGCCGGGCCGAGGCUCAAUCCGAGCGCCCACUGAGCGUGCGCCUGUCCGGGCAUUGGACUGAAUAAAACGAACUGCGCGAAGCGCAUUUCAUUCAUUCUUCCAUCGGACACGGAGCGUGCAACACACUAAGAGUUGGAUCAAGCUGACGGUAGCAGCGAGGCUUUGAAAAAUUCUCUCGCUGUUACUUCCCACCCCGCCGGGCCGAGGCUCAAUCCGAGCGCCCACUGAGCGUGCGCCUGUCCGGGCAUUGGACUGAACAAAACGAACUGCGCGAAGCGCAUUUCAUUCAUUCUUCCAUCGGACACGGAGCGUGCAACACACUAAGAGUUGGAUCAAGCUGACGGUAGCAGCGAGGCUUUGAAAAAUUCUCUCGCUGUUACUUCCCACCCCGCCGGGCCGAGGCUCAAUCCGAGCGCCCACUGAGCGUGCGCCUGUCCGGGCAUUGGACUGAAUAAAACGAACUGCGCGAAGCGCAUUUCAUUCAUUCUUCCAUCGGACACGGAGCGUGCAACACACUAAGAGUUGGAUCAAGCUGACGGUAGCAGCGAGGCUUUGAAAAAUUCUCUCGCUGUUACUUCCCACCCCGCCGGGCCGAGGCUCAAUCCGAGCGCCCACUGAGCGUGCGCCUGUCCGGGCAUUGGACUGAACAAAACGAACUGCGCGAAGCGCAUUUCAUUCAUUCUUCCAUCGGACACGGAGCGUGCAACACACUAAGAGUUGGAUCAAGCUGACGGUAGCAGCGAGGCUUUGAAAAAUUCUCUCGCUGUUACUUCCCACCCCGCCUGGCCGAGGCUCAAUCCGAGCGCCCACUGAGCGUGCGCCUGUCCGGGCAUUGGACUGAAUAAAACGAACUGCGCGAAGCGCUUUUCAUUCAUUCUUCCAUCGGACACGGAGCGUGCAACACACUAAGAGUUGGAUCAAGCUGACGGUAGCAGCGAGGUUUUGCAAAAUUCUCUCGCUGUUACUUCCCACCCCGCCGGGCCGAGGCUCACACCCAGAGCGCCAUUUCCUCGAUUCGUGAGUUUUCUUGCGACAGUCAUCCGACCCAGUAGAUAGCUGGGCAAACGAUCAGAAUGGACUCGUCAGAUGUCGGUCGCGACAGUGGCGCAACAUUCAACGGACCGCUGGCUCCCACAAAAACGCCCUCGAAAAAGUCCCUUCUAAAGGAACUGAGCGAGGUUCUCAAAAAGAACAACGCACUCCGCGAGCAAGUGGCAAAUUUGUCAGGCUUUGGCAGUGACUGGAUUCCGGCGUCGUCUAGCAUGGGCCACACUGAUGGACCACUUCUUUCGGCGAUGAGCAGUUGGUCACUUGGUGCACUGAACAUACCGGAAUGCGUACCAUCGGAAGGGCAAACUGAAAUUGACAAACAAGCAUUCGAAUACUGGAAGGACAUGCUUGUUUCGUCGCUUCAGCUGGCCAACGCUACAGAUGAAAGGAUGAAAUACGGAGUGUUCAAGAUCAAGUUUGGCCCCAAGCUCCGGGAAAUCUUGAGCACGACAUCUUCUACACCAGAGAUGCCGGAUGAGCAAACUUCCCCAUUCUCGAACGCAUUGGCUCGACUUGACGGAUACUAUGGAUCCAGGGCAUACACACUAACGCAACGAGGAAAGCUUAUGAUGAUGCUGCAAGGAGCUACGGAAAACAGCAUUGCAUUUGUGCGGCGCGUGACCUGUGCUGCGAAGCUGUGUGGUUAUGGACCGGAUGAAGAGAUGGAGGCGGUAGUGAGAGUUAUCACACAAAGGGCUAACGAUGCUAGAGUUCGGACACUGGCCAAUCGGAAUUGGCUGAAGCAAGGUACCAUGAAGGACCUCAUCGAUCUGAUCCAGGACCAUGAGAUUGAAAAAUCAAGCGAAGAAGAGUUUCUAAGGAGGCAAAGGCUGAGAGAUUCGCCAUUGGUUGCGGCGGUGUCUCACAGCAAUGAGGAAUAUCGUAACCAACGAACAGCUUUCAGUUCGUACGGAAGAGGCAGAGGAUUCCCGAACCGUGGUGGUGGAAGAGGAGGACGAGGAUUUUCGAGAGGCAACAAUCGUUCACAAUCCAACUGUUGGAGGUGCGGAAGCGUUUAUCACCGAUCAUCCGAAUGCUUUGCGAUCAAGAAGGACUGUCGAAUUUGCCGACAGUAUGGCCAUAUUGCUCGUUGCUGUCCAUCGAAUCAGUCCAGCCCAUUGGAGCAGAGAAGACCCUUAAAACGCCACGCAGAGGAAGAGGAGACUACCGUAGAACGGAAGAUUGCCGCCAUCGAAUGUGCGAAAACGGAAGCUGAUCCAGACCCAAAGGUACAAAACAUUGAUGAUUUGGAGUAACAUGUUUUAUUGAAACAAUCUUAAAUGGAUUACAACUUGAAAGAAAAGUUUUAUUUGAAAAAAACUAAUUGAAAUAAAAGAAAAUAAAAUAUUGAUUUAAAUGUUUGCGUAUCAUUUUACAGGCUAAAACCGAUUCACAAGUCGCCGAAUCUGAUACACUAGAGGUGAACAACAUGCAGGCCACUUGUGGCCAUAGAAUUCCAAAUGCAACGAUUGAAGCAAAAGUUGCCGGGAUUGGAGUUAAAUUUCUAAUUGAUUCUGGUGCGCAGGUGAACACCAUUACAAAGGCAUCUUUCGACCUGAUUUUAGCCGAUCAGAACGUCAGAAAGUCUCAAAUAAUUGGUCUGAAAUCCUCUUCUGACACACCAUUGAAAGCGUAUGCAAUGCCUGAACCAAUCAAAGUUGUCGCCAAUUUUUCCGCUGAGUUGUUCAUUUCGCACGAUAGACCAGUAACAGUAGAAAAAUUCUACAUGGUGGAUGAGUUCAAAGCACUUUUGGGGCUUAACACGGCGAUCAGAUACUCAGUCCUUGACGUUGGUUUAAAUGUGCCUAUACGACAGCAGAAACGGCACCAGUUUCAGCCCAAUGGACGCUAUAUUCAAACCGUUUCAACCAGAGAGUUUCAAAAAUUCAACAUUCCUCCAGUGUCGUUGAAGUAUAAUGCUAAUAUGCCGCCCGCUCGUAAUGUGUACACUCACAUUCCAAAAGCAUUCAAGGAACUUACGAAACAGAAGAUUGACUAUCUUCUAUCAAGCGGGAUCAUUGAAGAGGUCACUAUGGACAUGGAUCGUUCAUUCUGUUCUUCCCUAUUGGUGGUACCCAAAGGAAAGAAUGACAUUCGACUCGUCAUCGAUUUGCGGGGACCCAAUCGAUGUAUCUAUAGAACUCCCUUCAAAAUGCCCACACUUGAGUCGAUACUGAUGGAACUUCAUGGUGCCCAGUGGUUCUCCACCAUUGAUUUGACGAACGCAUUUUUCCAUAUUGAGUUGGACGAAGGCUCACGACAUUUAACGAACUUUUUCGCCGGAGAUGGGCUCUACCGUUAUCGCAGACUCCCGUUCGGACUGACGAAUGCUCCCGAUAUAUUUCAGGAGACUCUGCAAACCGUUGUACUUGCUGGAUGUGAAGGUCAGAUUAAUUACUUGGAUGACGUAUUGAUCUUCGGGCGUACUAAGAAAGAACACGACGAAAACUUGGAACAGGUGAUGAAGAGCUUGGAAAACCAUAUUGUCAAAAUAAAUCGUCGGUUUCCUGCAAUAGGGGCACAACUCAAAAUUUGUCAUUUUUGAGGUUUUGAUGGCAAAUGAUGAAAAACCAUGCAAACUUUCAUCUGACAAAGACCCGUUCCGAAAUUCGAUGAGAAACGCGAGAUUUUUGCAUUUUCACCAAUUUUCCGCAGUAAAGGCACAACUCAAAAUCAGUCAACUUUUUCAAUAGUCGAUGAAAAAUAGUACAGUACUUUCUCGAUUAUAUCACGAAUGAAAAAAAAUUAGCGUGAUAUAUUGGAGCGUGAUAUAAUUGAAACAUCUUUUUUUCCGAAGGCGUUUAUUAAUCAAAAUACACUUGCACACAAAAAAAUCAAACGAAAAUGGACAAAAUAUCUAACCCGGUAAUGGAAGCCUAACAUUCUUGUAUGUAAUUAUUUUUUAAUGUAUCUGUAAAUAAGAUCAAAUAAUGGAGGUAUUAUUUGCACUUCUACACCAUUGUUUUUUAACUUCAUGGAACGAUGUUUCGAUUUUCAAUUAUUACACAGCAAAAUAACGAUAAUUGCUGAAAUUUAUCGUCGAUUACUUAACAUUUUCGAAAGUGUUUCCAGAAGGUUGGGAAUUUCUGUUGGAAAAAUAAAAUUUGACAUUUUUGCGAUGUUGUCGCGUUACGCUUUGUUGUAAAAUUGUCCCGAAGUUUAAAGGUUCUGUCUCUAAUUCCUGAUCGUUCGAAAUAUUGGUUGGCAUUGAUUGAACAACAUAUCAACUUUUUAAAAACCGAUAAAUUUUAAAUGUUAGUUUUCCCUUCGGAUGGGAAGUAAAACCGUAGGUCCGGACAUGAACGAGCCCCGGGUUGUAAAGCUCGUUAAUAAUAAUUAAAAUACAGGCUUUUCUAUAAAAGUUCCCAACCGGAAUGGGAAUCGAACCCGCCGUCUCUGAAUUGGCGAUCCAAAACCUUAUUUACAAAGGCUAACUGGAGACCCCUGAUGGAAAAUGUAACGCGUGGAAUUGACGCAUACAGACCGGACUCGAUGCAGAACAGAUCAUGGGAAAGUGAUUCUAGAUAAUCGAAUCCUGUGCCCGGUCUGUCACCAAUGGUACCAUUAUCGUAUACUAAUGUGCAAAAUAUCUUACUUAUGACGAUUUAUGUAUCCUAUAUAGCUUGGGAUAUCUGCUUAUCGAUAUUUGUAGGUAUCGAUUAUCAUAGCGUGAUAUAAUCGAAAAAAAUAGCGUGCUGAAAUCGAGUGUGAUAUAAUGGAGCGUGAUUAAAUAGAACCGUGACAAAAUCGAAAAACUACUGUAAUCUAAAAUUUAUGAAAGAGAUAGUCCUUCAGUCCCUUUCCAUGAUACAACAAUCAAAAUUCGUAUACUUUUGUUUAAUAAUGAGAGAAAUAAGUGAACUUGUAGGAUGUACUUCAAGAUUGCCAAUUUUCAAACGCUCAUUCUGAAAAUUCACAUUUUUUGAGUUGUGCCCCUAUUGCAGGAAACCGACGAAAUGAAGAAAAAUGCGCUUUCGGAAAGCAGUCGGUUGAAUUUCUGGGCUUCGUAGUGUCAGCUGAAGGAUGGAAGAUCGAAGAAGAGAAGAUUUCAGCCUUGCGAAACUUCAGGCAUCCAGAGUCGAUUGCAGAGGUGUAGAGUUUUUUAGGAUUGGUCAACUUUAUCGGAAAAUUUAUCCCAAACAGAGCAGACAAAACGAUAAGGCUUCGAGAGUUAGCAAGAGCUGAUCGAUUCUUCUGGAAUCAGGAACUCGAGGACGAAUUUGAGCUCCUAAAAAGUGAGGCGUGGGACACCAUUACGCUUGGAUAUUUCAACAGAGACGACCGCACAGAACUAUUCGUCGAUGCUUCACCGUUUGGCUUGGGGGCGGUAUUAGUCCAAUUCGACCAGGAAUCUAACCCGAGGGUAAUAGCGUGUGUUUCAAAGGCGCUAUCUGUUACAGAGCAGAAGUAUCCCCAGACACAAAAAGAAGCCUUGGCAAUGGUUUGGGCUGUUGAAAGACUUUCUGUGUACCUCACGAGUAUGUUCUUUACAAUACGAACUGAUGCAGAAUCGAAUGAGUUUAUUUUUGGUGGCCAGCACAGAAUUGGGAAAAGAGCAGUGACGAGAGCAGAGUCAUGGGCAUUGCGACUGCAGCCCUACAAUUUCAAUGUCAAAAGGAUACCUGGAGAAAUGAACGUGGCAGAUGCACUGUCCAGAUUGGUCGAACAAAGUCAGCCAAUCAAAUCAUUUGAUGAGGAAGCCGCCACCAAUCAUUUGCUGUACUUUAUCGAUGCAGGAGCAAUGGAAAUUUCCUGGGACGAUAUUGAGAAACAUUCGGAAAAGGAUACAGAGUUGGAGAAAGUAAGAGCUGCACUUGAAACAUGACACUGGGAGCAUGGUUUGCGCAGAUAUGAAUCACAGGCCAAGGAGCUUAGUGUUUUUGGAAGCUCGGUUUUCAGAAGCGACAAGAUAGUUCUUCCAGAAGAAUUACGAACAAAAGCAAUUGAGUCGGCUCAUCAGGGCCAUAUGGGAAUCGGUUCCACCAAAAGAAUCCUACGUGACCAUUUCUGGUGGCCUGGAAUGAGUUCGGAGGUUGAAUCAUUCAUAAAGCGCUGUGAAACGUGUCUACUGCUAUCAAAGAAGAACCCACCUAUUCCGUUGACCAACAGAGAACUUCCCUAUGGUCCGUGGGAAAUUUUACAGAUUGACUUCUUCACUGACAAAGAGUUUGGAUUUGGAGAAUUUCUCGUAAUCGUCGACACAUACUCGCGUUAUUUGCACGUCAUAGAGAUGAAACACAUGGAUGCAGAUUCCACAAUCACGGCUCUGCACAAAAUCUUCGCCGACUGGGGUUAUCCUUUGGUGCUGCAAAGUGAUAAUGGCCCCCCUUUUCAAAGCGAUAAAUUCGUACAGACCUGGGAAAAUAAAGGGAUCAAGAUCCGCAAAUCGAUUCCUCUUUGCCCACAAUCCAACGGAGCCGUUGAAAGGCAAAACGAAGGGAUAAAGCGAGCAUUGUCAGCCUCUAAAUUGGAUGGAGUAAAUUGGAGACAAGCCCUGAACAAAUACGUGCACAUGCACAAUAAAGUACGGCCACUCACUCGUCUGGGAGUAACGCCAUUCGAGCUGUUAGUUGGCUGGAAAUUCCGAGGAACAUUCCCUGGAUUAUGGAAGACUCAAGCAUCGCCAGAACUGGACCGUGAAGAUAUCAGAGAGAAGGAUGCGUAUUCGAAGCUCGAAAGCAAGAAGAAUGCAGAUUUUCGAAGAAAUGCCAAAGAUUCGGACCUCGCAGUUGGAGAUAAAGUCAUCUUAACGCAAACCAAGCGAAAUAAGUCAGAUUCAAAUUUCAAUCCUGAAAAGUUCACGGUUAUAGCACGAGAUGGAGCCAAACUUGUAGUAAAAAGCAGCCGAGGAGUGAUUUAUUCAAGGAACGUAGGGGAUGCUAAGAGGGCCAUCCAAGAUUGCGAAGACCACUGUCAGGACAAUUCUGAUAACUUUCAAAGUUUUGCUGGCAUUCCCAGUAAUGAUGCAGUGUCAGAAAGAGGUGAAAUAUUUUCUUAAUUUUAUUAUUCAAGGAUUCAGCUUAUUAUCUAAUUUUCAAGGUGGUAACAUUUCGAAACACUCUGAGAGCGUGGACAAAAGAUUCGAAGCAGCUCAAAAUAUGGAUCUUCAGCAAACCUAUCCAAAUAUCGAUAAAGAUAGAAACAUUGAUGGAUCGUCGAAUGUUAAUGUAACUGGAGGUCAAUCCAAGGGAGGCAGCGCCGUAGUGCCAAUGCCACGACCGCAACGAGAGAAGCGGCUGCCAAGCAAGCUGAAAGACAUGGUGUUGUACAACAUAUAUGACUAAAAUAAGCGGAACGAGGAAAAUCAAUAUCAAAUAAUAAAUUAAAUUGUUGAUUGAUGUCAUAGCUAUUAUUUUA